AUGCGAUACGAUACGGAGACGGAGACGAUACACGGACACGAGUACGGACACGGUUACGGCCACGGUCACGGCUCAAAUGUGGCCCACACUUUGGCGCCCUUGACAAUGGGCUGCUACCGCUUACGGCUUAUUUUCUCAGUUGUCGUUAAGCUCUCGGGUAGCUCUCUUCGACGCACGCAACGAAAGAUGGAACCGCAACGCACUUUGACCGACUUGCCUUUUGAGGUCCUCGAUCUGAUAUACAAGGCUCUGGCUUUUAAGGAUCGUUACGAAUACUGGCGAGGGUAUACCGUAUAUAGUUACUCAAAGGACAAGCUAAACUUGGCCGAAACUUGCGAAUAUCUGGGCCGGGCUUUUGCCUAUCACAGUCGCCAUGUGUACAAGAAGGCGAUGUAUGAGAAUUCUUACCCAUUUAUAUCCAAAAGAGACUAUUCUUUAAUUAUAUCACUUUGCGGCUCGACGGCAGAGGAGUAUGUCGGCUCUCCGGGUUGCAAUUGGAGCGCUGAGGUGGCCCAGGCGGUGGGCCAGUACUGUCCCAACUUGCAAAGGGUUCAAUUUCAAGUGUACUUUGACAAUGGCGAAGUUGUACUAUCUAUUUUACACAAGGCAAAGAACUCCAUUAGAACUCUGAAAUUUGGAUACGAAACCGGUAGACCCUUGAGAAUGGGUGCGCCUAUAAUGCAUAAGAUUCCAGAUAUGCCAUUGCUGAGGAACUUGACCGUCGAUCGUUGCUAUAAUGAAGAAGCUUACGAGAUACAAAGAUUUCUGAACAUAGAAGAGCUUUACUUGUGUUCAGUUUACACCCUUAGAGAAGAUCCCAAGCCACUAAAUCUGUUCAAGGUGUGUGCUCCCCUGAAGAAACUCCGCCUGCUGACGGUCGUAUGCAUAAAUAUUAUUUCUGACACAGAUGAGGACGAGGCAAUUCCCGAAUUUCCCGCUCUUGAACACUUUAAACUAAGCUCUUGUAUGAUUUCGAUGGAAUUUCCAAGCUGUCCCAAGCUCAAGAUCCUUGAUAUAGGAUACUCCAAGUGCCACAUUGAAGGCCUGGUCUGUAGAUCGGUUCUGAAACAGGGCAAAGAUCUGGAAAGAUUGAUCGUUGAGAGUCGACCAUCGCAGUUCGAUAAUGACAGUUUCCUGGAAGUGGUUCGAAGAUUUCGAAAACUUCGACACUUCGAUGUGCCGAUUCGGAAAAUUAAAUUCGAUUUGGGGUUUGUGACUGAAGUGGUGAAUGUUCUAAAGGAAAAUGGAGUAACUCAAGAAGAUCCCUUGGAGCUGGAGUUGGAUGAAGUUAGUAAAAUACACUGGCUGAAACACUGGGAUAUCAACGAUUUCCUCAACAAACUCAAGGUCGAAGACGACACCUCCGCUUGGCAGCUCGAAGAAUCGCAGGUUUCGGCACGUUCGAAUAACCUCUAG